CUUGAGGCUUCCCUGAUAGCUCGUCAGUUGGCCUGCCGUAAUGGCGGCGGGCGUGUUAAUUUGUGUUUCUUGGUAUUACACUAUUCUAGCUGGUUUCUACCUACUUUAUUGUCCUGUUAUGUAUUUAAUGUUUAUAAAUCAUAUGCUAUACAGAAAACUGGUCGAUGUUCUGUUUGCUCUGUGGGAGCUGUUUCCUGUGGCGCUAUUUCAAUGCUGUUAUGGCACAAAGCUCCAUCAUUAUGGCGAUUAUGUGAAUCCAGAUGAGACCACAAUCAUAAUAAUGAACCAUCGGACCAGAGUUGAUUGGAAUUAUGUUUGGAUUGCUUUGUAUCACGCAACACAGAAUACAAACGUUUUUGAAUGUGUGUGUAAAGAAAAUGAAGUGUCCAUGGAAAAACGAAAUAUUCUUGACAUUAUAGCUGGAGGAAAGUCGAGAAUCAAAGUAGUGCUUAAAGAUGAAAUUAAAUCUGUACCCGGAAUGGGUUGGAUAAUGCAGUUAAAUUAUUUCCUGUACCUAAAAAGAAAUUGGGAAGAAGAUCAGUUAAAUAUGUUUCAAUACAUUGACUAUUAUAAGAAGUUGGGUUAUAGCCAGCGAGUUGUGUUAUUUCCUGAAGGUACAGACUUGAGUGAAGAGAAUAAACGUCGAAGCGAAAAAUUUGCAAUCUCAAAACAAUUGCCGGUUUAUGACAAUGUUCUACACCCGCGCACCACUGGCUGGUCGAUGCUUUGCUCUCGUCUUCGUGAUGCUGGUCUUGUUUCAAUCUAUGACGUCACGAUAGCAUACGAUAAACCUGCGCAGACUGAAUUGGACCUGCUGCGCGGAAAAAUACCACGACACGUGUUCUUUUAUUUCAAAAGGUAUUCCAUAGAUAAGCUCCCAAUGGAGGAAGAAGGUUUGAAGGUGUGGUUAACAAAUCGAUGGAAAGAGAAGAACGCCUGCUUGCAAAAGUUUCUUUGCGACGGAGUAUUCCUAGACAGUGUGACCAAUAGAAGCGCACCAGAACGACAUCCGAGAUCAUUAACGAUUGCUAAGUUAGGUUUUCUAUUCUGGAUCAUCAUUGACAUUUUGUUCCUGUACGGUUUGAUGUGCAGUUUACUUUUUAGGUUUUGGGUUUUAUACCACACCAUAUUAUUUAUACUUGUAACUAAAUACUGCGGUGGUUUUCAUAAAAUUCAAUAUAAGCAUUUUAAUAGAAUUUAAUUAUUUUUUGUACAUAAAUAUCGUAGUUCUAUGUUAAAGCUGCUAAUUUUGUCUAAUAUUGUAAAUGCAUCUACAGCAUUUGUAAUAAAUGUGAAUUCUCAAACUAGCCAAAUUAAAA